UAGUAUGUAAAAUGGCGGCGUGAGAGAGGCUCGUUCAAAACAGAGCGGUGUUACCUGUGAAGGUGGUUAGCUAGCAUUGUGAAACGUUCUGCUUUACGUGGAGCUGCUUGAGAAUCAUUCGGGGGUAGAGGAAGGAAUCUACAUUCCUGAAAAGAGACGGAGGAAUGGCGAAGAGGAUCGCUGACAAAGAGUUAACGGACAGGAACUGGGAUCAGGAGGAGGAGGGAGAGGAGGCUGGGACGUUUUCUGUCGCCAGUGAAGAUGUGUUGAAAAACCGAGCAAUCAAGAAAGCCAAACGCAGAAACAUUGGAGCAGAGGGGGAGUCGAGUGGAGCAUUCAAAGGUUUUAAAGGUUUUGCCUUGAGCACGGGGACACCGGCGAGUGGAGCCUCCGCUCCAACAGCGUUUUCUGGUUUUGGGAACGGAGGAGGGUUUAAAGGCCUUGGUGGUCUGACAAACGGAAACAGCAUCACACCGUCAUUUGGAGGUUUCUCUGCUCCUGCUGCAGCAUCAACAGCUUCACCUGGUCUGACAUUCAACGGCCCCGCCUCCACCAAGCCCACCGCUGACAUCACAGCCAAGCAGACCAACGGUUCCGCCCCCAGCCCGGCUCAGAGCUCGGGCUCCUGCAGCAGCGGCGGCAGUGUGAGCAACAAGGAGUACAGCCGGCAGCUCACGGCGCUCAACUGCUCGGUGCGCGACUGGAUCACCAAACACGUGAACGACAACCCUCUGUGCGACCUCAACCCCAUCUUCAGGGAUUAUGAGCGCCACCUGGCCAGCAUCGAGCGCCAGUACGGGGCUGGCGCUGCAGACGGGGGCUCAGAGGAGAAGACAUCCACAGCCUCCUCUCCUCCAUCUCCUCCUCCCUCCUCUUCAGCCUCCUCCAGGAGCAGCACGGCGGCUCCGGCUCCUGCAGCAUCUUUGUUCUCCUUCAGUAAAACCACGAUAGACGACUCGGCUCAGAAUAAAAGCACCAGCAGCAGCAGCUCCGGCGUCACGUUUAACUUCGGGCAGAAGGUGGACAGCUCCGUGCUCACCUCCUUAGGGUCCAACUCCACUGCCCCCAGCUUCUCCUUCUCCUCCAGCGCCUCCUCCAGCACCACCUCCUUGUUUGGAGCUCCUGGAUCUGCUGCACCGCUGUCCUUCAGCGGGAACAAGAGCAGUGACGCUCAGCCUGCAGAUGAGAACGGAGACGAGGAGUCGGAGGAGCCGCCGAAACCGGAGGUCAAAGAGGUGAAAGAGGACGACGCUUUCUACUCAAAGAAGUGUAAACUGUUCUACAAGAAAGACAGCGAGUUCAAAGAUAAAGGUGUGGGCACUCUGCACCUCAAACUGACGGAGGAUGGGAAAACUCAGAUGAUCAUCCGCGCCGACACAAACCUUGGAAACAUCCUGCUGAACGUCCUGGUGCAGUCAUCCAUGCUGUUCACUCGGGUCGGGAAGAACAACGUCAUGGUGGUGUGUGUCCCAAACCCAGUCCUGGACGACAAAAACCCAAACAGCCCCGUCCCCCUCCUCAUCCGGGUCAAGACCGCCGAGGAUGCCGACGAGCUCCACAAGACGUUGGAAGAGAAGAAAGGCUGAACCCACCCUCUCCCCCCUGUCCUCCCUGAGCUUUUAGCACCUGGUCAUCCUCCGGACUCAUCACACCGGUUUUAAUCACACGCACAUGUAAACACACCUGUACUUAACUCACCUGGUUAAUCACGUUUCCCUCAGACCCUCACGAUAAAAUUGGUCGUCAUACUGUGAAAUGCGUUUAUUAGAAUCACAAUUAUACAAAGCACGCCGUUGUCGUUGCUUAGACUCGGCUACAUUCCUCCGGUUCGACGCUGCUGCUGCUGUUUUUAUUGGAGAAACAGAACGAUGUAUCUUCUAUCUCAGUGUUUAAUUUUACUGUUUUAAUUUGGUUGUCGAGUGACUGAAAGUGCGAACAAAGAUGAAUAUUAUCGUACGAUCUUUACCACUGAGUUUAUUUUGGGGAAAGCUCCAAAUAAAAAGGUCCAGUCGAUUUGGUUUUACAAAUUAAAUACUUGCAGUAACAGUUUUUUUUUUUUUUAAGUGAACGUGUCGAGGAGUUAGCGUGUCUGUUGUUUUUUGCUCUGGAAACUAUUUAUUGUGUGGGCAGAAUUUGUACUCUCACUGAUUGAACCUUGUGUGAAUGUUUCCCCUGAUGAGCUUCUGAUACCUGCGUGUAAGGGAAGUGCAAAAACAGACCAGCUCUUUAUUUUUAUUUUCAUUUUCUGUAAACAUGGACUCUGUUGUUUUUCCAAGUGUCCUUUGUGUGGCCUUCGGUUCGGCCUUCUGGAUGAGGCAUGCUGUCAUCGUCUGAGAACAUUUGUAAAGACAUUUAUUGGGGAAUAAAAGGAAUCAAACCACAA